AUCUCUGUCACUCAGUUUCUCUCUCUGAAUGGCAUCGUAAUAAUUUAUAUCUUAUCUUCUACAAUCCCCAGUCUCUCAUUUCCUCCCUUUACAUUUUAUCCGAUCCCUUCCGUUGUCGGUUGCUCACUUCCCCGCAGCGUCUCUCCACUCCAUCGCCGAUCGAUCGGUUCGGAUUCCCUGUCCCUGUAACUUUCGCCGGCAAAUUCUGGCGGAUUCUGUAUACGGUGGCUCUGAUUUAGUCAGUAGCCGUGAUCGGGCCGCGUCUGUGGAACUUUUUCCAGGAUUUUUCGAGGAGGUGAGGGAAUGGCGUUGCUGCAAGGACCGGUUAUAUGCCCUGCCGUUCGUGCAAAGCAGGCAGGAUUCUACAUGUGUACCGUUCCAGUGAUGAAUUGCUGCGUGGUGAGAGCCAGGUUCGUCGGUAAUGAGUUAUUGGGAUCCAAAGGAUUCCAUGGUGAGAAGAGUAAGGUGGGUGGUUUGGUUUCCCGGAGUCGGCGGAACUUCUCCAAGGUGCAAUGUGCUCUGAGUUCUUCUUCGAGUGACAAUGGCAACAUGGCGAACUUCAACGAGCAGGAUGAAGAUUAUCUCAAUUCUAGUGUAGUUGAAGCUGUUGAGGUGAAGAGUGGGGCAGAUGGUUUCAUGAUUAAAAUGAGGGAUGGAAGACACUUGAGAUGUGUACAUAACAAUCCUCAAGGCAGCCACUUGCCGGACUAUGCUCCACAUCCUGCGAUUGUGUUGAAGAUGGAGGAUGGCACUGGCCUUCUCCUCCCAAUAAUUGUUUUGGAGAUGCCAAGUGCAUUGCUCAUGGCAGCAGUCCGGAAUGUUCAAAUUUCAAGACCCACUCUUUAUCAAGUAGUGAAGGAUAUGGUUGACAAGAUGGGCUACGAAGUUAAGCUCGUUAGAGUGACUAGGCGAGUUCAUGAAGCAUAUUAUGCCCAAUUGUAUCUGACGAAGGUUGGUACUGGUGAGUCUAUUAGUUUUGACCUCCGUCCUUCAGAUGCUAUCAAUAUCGCAGUGAGAUGCAAGGUAUUUGAACACACUUACGUGGAACUGCUAUGGAUACUUAACAUGUACUCGUAGUUGUGAGUGAGAGAAUGCUGAGCCGAAAAUUUAGUCUGUUAAAAGUUUUACAACCCUAUCUGUUAGUUUGGAGAUAGUCUCAGGGUACGGCUGACCAAGAGACACAAUGAAAAGAAACAGCAUUAAGCAGACUGCUCCUGAGAUUUCAGCUUAGAUGAGGGUGCCAGUGCUGACUUUACUUGUGGGUUUGGCUCUUUGGCAGGUACCAAUUCAAGUGAACAAGUACCUGGCAUACAAUGAUGGGAUGAGAGUCAUCGAAUCUGGAAGGCCAAUGCACUCCCAUACUUCAGAUGGCUUGCUAUUCACUGAACUAGACCGGCCCACGGGUCAGCCAUGUCUUGAUACCAAAGAGUUCAUUCUUGUGCGCAACAUGCAAGAAGCUGCUAUUGAAGAGCGUUACAAUGAUGCAGCUGAAUGGAGGGACAAGCUCGGCCAAUUUCGUGCAAAGAGGAACUUGAGGAAGCACAUAUGAAAGGUAGCGCGGUCUCGUCGGAGCUUUUGUAAAUAGGAAAUGCAGUGGAAGAAAGCUGAUGGAAGUCGGCCUGACUGCCUGAGGAAGUAAAAAUCUGCUGUCCUUUCGUCGCCCGUCGUCUCGUAUAUUCAUACGGUGUCUAUUUAUAUAUAUCUCGCUCGCUCGGUCUCUCUAUAAUGUAUGUAGUCUUGUGAAUAUAUUGUAUAGAAUUUGACAUUGGUGGUGGUAAAAUGUGGGACAAUUAAACUGUAGUGGCUCUGAUUCGAAGUCUGGGAGUAGGCUUUUGAAUGUCAAUUUCUCAUUUUCGCAGCUCCAAUGGUCCCGUAUGCAUAACACUAAUAGCUUGUAUUUGGGUUUCUUUAUGCAUUUGAAUCUUUUCCCUGCCUGUGUUUCACACAUUAUUCAUGAAACUGUAUCUGAUACUUUCCAGG